CUCUCCCUCUUUUUCACUAUUUCUAAGUAAUCUUCAUCCCUCUUAUAAAUAUGCAAAUAUAUUGAUAACAAACCAUACAUGGUAUGUACGUACGUAACACAUAUACACUGAAUAGGUUUCAGGUUCGAAUCCCUUCUUCAUAUUUCCAAUAGUCAUACAUACAGAACAACGACGAUGACGAUGGUGAAGAUGAAGAGAAUUGGGGUGGUGUUAGUUUUAAUAAUGGUGGUGGUGGUGGUGAGCGAGGCGGCGGCGGCGGCGAGGCGGCAUGAUUAUGGAGAUGCAUUGACAAAGAGUAUAUUGUUCUUUGAAGGGCAAAGGUCAGGGAAGUUGCCACCUUCUCAAAGGAUGACUUGGCGUAAGGAUUCUGGUCUUCGUGAUGGCUUCCAUAAGAGUAUUGGAGAGUCCCAAAUUGGCAUAAGACACAUUGAUUUAGUAGGUGGCUAUUAUGAUGCUGGUGACAAUGUCAAAUUCAACUUUCCUAUGGCAUUCACAACAACCAUGCUAGCUUGGAGUGUGGCCGAUUUUAAACCCUUCAUGGGCACGGAACACCAACACGCCCUCGAGGCGAUCAAGUGGGCGACCGACUACUUCUUAAAAUGCACCCGUAUGCCGGGGGUUGUGUUUGCGCAAGUUGGAGAGGGUUUCUCUGAUCACAACUGUUGGCAAAGGCCGGAGGACAUGGACACAUUGCGGACCCCCUUCGCCGUUAGCAAGAAGUUUCCCGGGUCAGAGGUUUCUGCCGAAAUGGCCGCUGCGUUGGCGGCUUCUUCCAUUGUCAUGAGGACUUCUAACCGGACGUACGCCGCACGUCUUCUUAGUCGAGCGAAAACGGUUUUUGAUUUUGCAAAUACAUACCAAGGCUCUUACAAUGCUACACUUGGAAAGUGGGUUUGUUCUUUUUACUGCGAUUACAGUGGUUAUCAGGAUGAAUUGUUAUGGGCAGCAACUUGGCUAUUCAGAGCAUCAAAAUUACCAUAUUACUCAAAUUAUGUGCUAAAUAACAUCCACAAACUAGAUCCACCAUACAAUGGUGGUAACUUUGCUGAAUUUGGAUGGGAUGCUAAGCAUGCUGGCAUUCACAUACUUGUUUCUAAGUUGGGGUUUGCUAACCAUCUUCAACCUAACCCAUUCCUUAUCAAUGCUGAGAAAUUUGUAUGCUCGGUGUUGCCUGAGUCUCCAACGCCCAAAUCGGUCUCGUAUAGUCCAGGUGGACUUUUGUUCAAAGCAGGUGGAAGUAACAUACAACAUUCUACUGCAAUUUCAUUUUUACUUUUGGUUCAUGCCCGUUUUACUAGUGGUUCAAAAAGAACCAUCCAAUGUGGUAAUGUUGCCGUCAAGCCCAACAGACUGGCCCAAGUUGCAAAACGUCAGGUGGACUAUAUACUGGGAGACAAUCCAUUGAACAUGUCAUACAUGGUAGGAUAUGGCAAAAAAUAUCCUCAAAGGAUACAUCAUAGAGCCUCAUCUUUGCCUUCCAUUAAUGCAUAUCCUAGGAAACUUCAAUGUCAAGGAGGAACUUCCUACUUCUUUAGUAGUAAACCUAACCCUAAUAUUUUAGUAGGCGCGGUUGUUGGUGGACCGGAUAUCAACGACAGAUAUUCGGAUUCUCGAGCUGAUUUUCCUCAUUCCGAACCGGCUACUUACAUUAAUGCACCUCUUGUAGGGCUUUUAGCUUUUUAUAAAGACCACUAAGUCAUAUUGAUGUAAUUUAUUCAUAUAAAUAUAUUUUUUGUACAUACCAUUGUUUAGUUUAAUCCUUCAUUUUAUUCUCUCAAA